GUGGUCUAUAUAUUGCCUUUUAAAAGGGUCAAACAUAGUAUAGCUUGGAUCCUUCUUUACUUGUCCCUGAUCUCUCCUAAUCUCUCGUCUUCCCUCUCUUUUGUGCUUCAUCGAUCUCUAUCGGUCAUGGGUUCCAAUUUUCAUUACACAAUAGAUCUCAAUGAAGAUCAAAACCAUCAGCCUUUUUUCGCUUCUCUUGGAUCCUCUCUUCAUCAUCAUCUACAACAACAACAACAACAACAACAACAUUUUCAUCACCAAGCUUCUUCUAAUCCCUCUUCUUUGAUGUCACCGUCUCUUUCCUACUUUCCUUUCUUGAUAAACUCUCGCCAAGAUCAAGUAUAUGUUGGGUACAACAAUAACACUUUUCAUGAUGUUCUUGAUACCCAUAUCUCCCAACCUCUCGAGACCAAGAACUUUGUAUCUGAUGGUGGUUCAUCAUCAAGUGAUCAAAUGGUGCCCAAGAAGGAGACACGACUAAAAUUGACGAUAAAGAAGAAAGAUAAUCAUCAAGACCAAACCGAUCUUCCUCAAUCCCCAAUAAAAGACAUGACAGGAACUAACUCGCUCAAGUGGAUAUCUUCGAAGGUGAGAUUAAUGAAGAAGAAAAAGGCGAUUAUUACCACCAGCGACAGCAGCAAACAACACACUAAUAACGACCAAUCCUCAAACCUAAGCAAUUCGGAAAGACAGAAUGGUUAUAACAACGAUUGCGUGAUUAGGAUUUGCUCCGAUUGUAACACAACCAAGACUCCUCUUUGGAGAAGUGGUCCGAGAGGUCCCAAGUCUCUUUGUAACGCUUGUGGAAUAAGGCAAAGGAAGGCCAGGCGGGCCGCUAUGGCCACGGCAACCGCAACCGCAGUCUCUGGCGUAUCCCCACCGGUCAUGAAGAAGAAGAUGCAAAACAAGAACAAGAUAUCAAAUGGAGUUUAUAAAAUCUUAUCUCCUUUGCCCCUAAAGGUAAACACGUGUAAGAGAAUGAUCACACUAGAGGAGACCGCAUUAGCCGAGGAUUUGGAGACCCAGAGCAACUCCACGAUGUUAUCAUCUUCAGACAAUAUCUAUUUCGAUGAUCUAGCAUUACUGUUGAGCAAAAGUUCAGCUUAUCAGCAAGUUUUCCCUCAAGAUGAGAAGGAGGCUGCCAUUUUACUAAUGGCUCUAUCGCACGGAAUGGUUCACGGGUGAUUAUUUUAAGUAUUUUAAUUAUAACUCGCAUGCUUAAGAAAUAAAAUAUAAACCAUACCAUAAGCCCUCAUAGCUAGUAAUAUCUAGAUUAUUUGAUACAUGAAAUUUUGUUGCGGUGAUAUAUUAAUUUCAGUCAGUCCAACUUUAUUAUAAGAGAGUGUUGGGGUUUAGUAGAUUUUGUAUGAAAGGCUUGUAUUUUAUUUUUUAUGGAACUUGAUAUCCCAACAAUGUGGUUGUUCUUGUUCAUUCGCAUGUUUUUUGUGUUUCUAAGUUUUGAGAGUUGAUAUAAGAAUUACUUUAAUUUGUCAAGAUCUCGUCAAGUGUUUAUACUUGAUGAAAAUCUUUUGGGGAUCAAAACGGUUUGAAGUAAAGAUCGUACUGUCGUACUGGUGUCUGUAGAUUGAUAUUAAACUCGAACAACAUGAUUAUUGUAAUAUACCUUAACUA